AAAAUAAAUUAAAAUAGUUUAAAAUAAACAAAAAAUGGAGGCCAUUAAUGCUAAUAAACAAGAGCCGCAAUUAAGUUUGGACACAAAUGCCCGAAAAAAUUUUGUAAAAUAUUUACAAAGACAGGGAGAGAAACCCAAAACAACUGUAAGAUUCUUUGGUCACACUGAUUCGUAUUCCGUGCAUGGCCCGGAUGAUGCCGAUUUGAUUGCCCGCCUAGUUUAUAAAACCACUGCUUAUGUACGCCAGUUAUUACCCGAUGAAAGUGACUGCACACCUUAUGUCAUGCUUUCCAAAAACAAUUUCGAAGCUGCCGUACGAGAACUACUACUUGUACGCAAUUAUCGUGUUGAGGUUUAUGUACGCCGCUCUACAGGUGGUGAUUGGCAAUUGGAAUAUCGUGGCUCGCCGGGUAAUCUUUUGCAGUUUGAAGACAUACUCUUCUCCAACAGGGAAAUAUUGGUGGGCAAUAGUAUUUUGUCGUUGCAAUUGCGUAUGCAGAAUAAUCAACGUAAUGUGGGUGUGGCUUCGGUGGAACAAAAUGAUUGCUUGUUUCAAGUGGUGGAAUUUGUGGACGAUGACUUUUUUACAGAAUUAGAGGCCACGGUAGUGCUGUUGGGUCCCAAGGAAUGUUUGCUGCCUCAGCAGGAUGGGGAGUACGAAGCCGUUAAAAAUCUAUUAGAACGUAAUGGUGUCAUGGUCACAGUGCCACCGAAAUCCUUAAGUUCCGAGAAAAAUGAUUUAAUACAGGAUUUAAAUCAUUUAUUACGAUUUGCUAAAGGGCAGCAAGAAGAUGCUACCGGUAUGCCAGAACUACAACUCACUAUAGCCAUGGAAGCUUUAAGAGUGGCCAUAAAAUAUAUAGAUCUCAUCAAUGAUGUCGGAAAUCUGGGGCAUUAUGAAAUCAAACAAUUGAAUUUGAAAAGAUUUGUGCAUUUAGAUGCGGCUGCCGUUAGUGCUCUCAAUAUCUUACCCAAACCGGGCACUCAUUUUACAUCACCCUCCUAUAGGUGGCAAAGUGUUUUAGGAGUGCUGGACCAUUGUCGCACUGCCCAGGGUCAUCGUUUAAUGGCCCAAUGGGUUAAACAACCCCUAAGAAGUCAGGAAAUCUUAAAUGAUCGCCACAAUAUAGUACAAUGCUUUUUGGAGUCGCCCACUACCUUGAUCUCCUUACACGAAGAGUUCUUGAAACGUAUACCCGAUGUUUUAAUGCUAACCAAAAAGUUACUGCGUCAAAAGGCCAAUUUACAAGACAUAUUCCGCAUAUAUCAAGUCAUGUUGCGUACACCCAAAAUAGUAAAUGUUUUAUUAUCUUUGGAACAUGCCACCGUUAAAAGUGUUCUAUGUGAUCCUUUAAAAAGCCAUCUAGAAGAUUUAUCGGGCCUCAAACAAAUGGUGGAACAAGUAAUGGACUUUGAUGCCAUCGAAACUGGUGAAUAUUUGGUUAAGGCUUCCUUUGAUACCGAACUGUUGGAGAUGAAGGGACGCAUGUCUAAAUUGCUAAGCAAAAUGGAAAAACUGCAAGAAAAGGCUGCCCAGGAUUUAGAUUUGGAUAAAAAUCAAAAUGUUAAGUUACUAAAUGUCUCACAUUUGGGUUAUCAUCUACGCAUUACCCUACGUGAUGACUCAGCAUUGCGUAAAAAUAAAAACUAUAAAAUAAUCGAUAUCGUUAAGGGGGGCAUACGUUUUACCUCUGAAAAAUUGUCGGAAAUUAGUGAUGAAUUUAGUUCUCUACGCUCCCGCUAUGAGGAGCAGCAAAAAAAUAUUGUAGAGGAAAUUGUUAAGGUGGCGGUGGGUUAUGCGGCCACCUUGACUAGCCUAAAUAAUGAAUUUGCUCAAUUGGAUUGUUUGGUAAGUUUUGCCAUGGCUGCACAAUCGGCUCCAACGCCCUAUGUAAGACCCAAGAUGCUGCCAGAAGGUGCCGGGGAGUUGGUUUUAAAAGAUAUCAGACAUCCUUGCUUGGAAUUGCAAGAACAUAUUACUUUCAUAGCCAAUAAUGUUGAAUUUAAGACAGAUAAAUGUAAUAUGUAUAUUAUUACGGGGCCCAAUAUGGGUGGCAAAUCUACUUAUAUACGUUCGGUGGGUACAGCCGUUUUAAUGGCUCAUGUGGGCUCCUUUGUGCCUUGCUCUGAGGCCACCAUAUCCAUGGUAGAUUCUAUAUUGGGUCGUGUAGGCGCCAGUGAUAAUAUUAUCAAAGGUUUGAGUACAUUUAUGGUGGAAAUGAUUGAAACUUCGGGUAUAAUAAGGUCUGCUACUGAUAAAUCAUUGGUUAUUAUUGAUGAAUUGGGUAGAGGCACCUCUACCUAUGAAGGUUGCGGUAUUGCUUGGUCUAUAGCUGAACACCUCGCCAAAGAAACCAAAUGUUUCACUCUCUUUGCCACUCACUUCCAUGAAAUCACCAACCUAGCAGACAAUGUUAAAACCGUUGAAAAUUGCCAUAUGGCAGCCGUGGCGGACAAUGAAAACUUUACGCUCCUCUAUCAAGUGCGACCGGGAGUAAUGGAGAAAAGUUUUGGCAUACAGGUGGCUAGGCUGGCAAAUUUCCCCGAAAAAGUUGUACAAAAUGCCCAACAGGUCUACAAUGAAUUCGAAGAUGAACAUGCCAACAAACAGUCCGAUGAAGAUAAAGCUCUAUUGGAUAAAAUUAAUAAAGCCAUAGAAGAUUUAUCCACAACGGGCAAUAAUAAGGAUAUUAAUGAAAAGGAUUUAUCCAAAUUGGUAGAACAAUUUACCAAGGAUAUUAAAAAAUUGGAUAGUGAAUAUUUUAAGGCGGUUUUAACAACAGCAGCUGGUGAAAAUUAAAUUUGUUUGAUGCUAAUGCUAACUAAACUUUAGAAAGUAAGUUUAUUUGUCAAAAUUUAUUUUUAUUAUUAGUUUUAAGUUUUUUUUUUGUAUUGUAAUUUCACUAAAAAGUGAAUGAAUCCCUGAAUUCCUUUAACAUUAAUUAAAUGUCUACAAUUUUAUUAUAUUAAAAAUCAAAA